AGCGUUAUUUCGUUGGUGCUUCAUAUUAUAUGCAAGUUAUUAAAAAAAAACUCUGUAAAACCGAUGCAACUACGGCUGUACCCCGCUCAACAUUCUGACGACACCCCCGUGUCUAUGGCGACGUUUGACGGCUAUUUAGCUGUGCUUGUCGACACUGCGCUCCGCAGAAGCACCAGUGGUGGUUGCAGCUACAGAGGAAAAAACUAGUGCAGGGCAGGACACGCCAUCACUUUGCACUUUGACGGCUUACCUGGCCAGCUACUGUAACACUUCUUGGUGACAGCGAGUGCGGCGUGGUUCAUUUUCUGUCGAGAUAUGAAGUUUUCAAUGCCAGCUCUUAGGUUGGCGCUGAUUUGCGCCGCACUGGGAGAGGGAUUCAGCGCAAUUCCUUCCGGCUUGGACCUCGCGCUCAUGCAACAGUUGACAACCAAUCUAGGCCGGAAUGAAGCCAUUUCACCAUUCGUCAUAUCCACUCUAAUGUCACAGGUCUGGCUGGCUGCCGAUGGACCUACUAGAACUCAGCUGUCGUCUGCUCUUGGAGUGACUGACGACUCAUUCCUUGCAUCAUACCAGUCUGCAAUCGGGUCACUAACCUCUGGCAGCAGCAACGUCACCUGUGACGUUUUCAACGGACUCUACUUGCGUGACGGCUUCAGCGUCAAGGCCAACUACAGCGCCGUCCUGUCCACGUACUACUCGUCCAGUGUGAGCACCUUCUCCGGUCCUGCCGAUGCCGCCCAGGCCAUCAACGCUGCGGUGGCUGCCACCACCAACAACCUCAUCCCCCGGCUGGUGGAUGCGGAGGCGCUUACAGAUGCAGUCUUCGUCCUCGUGAGCGCUCUAUAUUUCAAGGGUAACUGGAAGGAAGAAUUUUAUGCGGACAGCACACGUCCAGCGCAGUUUCUCACUGUAUCUGGCAAUAAGACUGUUGACAUGAUGCAUAUGGAAAUGAGGGUGCCGUACGUUGACAAGGCUAGUUACGACGUCAUCUCUCUUCCGUACACCGACUCCAAUUAUAAAAUGGUGCUUCUAAGACCGGCUGCGCGGACCAUGGCUUCUGUUCAGAGCUUGGUCAAUUCCCUGAAUACGCUGGAUGUUGCCAACAUCCUCAGCCAGUUGCAAGAAACAAGGCUGUACGUUGCAAUGCCGCGAUUCAAACUGGAGACAGAAUACAGCUUGCUAAGCGCCCUCCAGGCCUUGGGAAUCCAGCAUCUGUUUAGUGGCACGGCUGAUCUUGGAAACAUGGCCGAUUCACAGUUGCUCGUCAACAAGGUCUUUCACAAGGUGGUCAUUGAGGUGGACGAGAAGGGCACAGAGGCUGCCGGCGCCGGAGGGGUGGCUGGAAUUACAUCGGUGCCACCUUCGUUCACGCUAGACCGUCCGUUUGUCGCUAUCGUGUGGAACAGUCUCCACAGCGUGAACAUGUUUACUGCCUAUGUGGCUUCACCAGCUUCUUAGGCCAUUCGACCUUGCUUACUGAAGUGGUCUACUGAGUGGUCGGGGAAUGCUGUACCUAAUGUGGAAUGUAGGAUUGAUGCAUCAGAGUUUGUGACUCUGCUAUAACACGAACUUUGUGUGUUCGCUCGACACUCUGUCGUAACGCGAUGUCCUCGUUGCACACUGGGAAAUGCUCUAAAUUGUAGGAUGAUGCAUUAUUCAGUAACAUUUCUAGAGUUGACUUUGUUUUCCGCAUAUCACAAAUAUACUGCCUAUGAAUA